UCUAUGAAGAUCAUCCAGGGGUCAAGCCUCUAUGAGAAGCAACGGUAGACCCCCAAGAGUCCAAAAGUGGGACCAGCUAGAAGCUUGUGCCCCGACCGCUGCCGCCGCCAGCGCGGACGCUAGGGCCACCAAGCAAAACCAGCCCGCCAACAAACUGCGCUCUGGCUACCUGGUUUCUGGCAGCGGGACUACCCGAGGUUCCCCGCCGAGCCAGGGAGCGGCAGUGACCCGGGGCCUCCUUAGAGAAAGCCUGGAGCCCCAAUUACGGGCCCCCUCCUGGCCGAUGGCCCCCAGUUCAACUCGCCGCUUCCGGGAUCCCCUCUUGGAGACUUCCAUGCGCAAAGAUAGCAGAACGGCGGAGAGCUGGCGCCAAACAGCAGCUUCCAGCCUCCUAGGCGGACAGACUGCACCUGAACCCCAACUUUUCCGGUAGCUGGGGCUAGGUUGGCCUCCCGGGCUACACCUCCGAAUCCAUCCUGGCUCUCCGGAACCCUGGGAAUAGGCAGGAGCAGACGGGGCGCAUGCGCGCCCACGGCCAGGGGGACUCCCCAGCGGCCGAGUUUGGGGAAAGUUUGGUGAGGUUCGCUUUGGCAGCGACCGUUAUCCCAAAGGCUGGGUUGCCCUGGAUAGGAGGUCAGGAGCCCACCGACGUCCCAGGAGCCGGUUUGGCAGGGGACCGAGGUCUGAAAAGCAGCAGAAGGUGGGGAGAAGAAGGCCUUUUGUGUGUGGCACAGGAGUGUCACUUGCGCACAAACGCAGCAGCGCGCUCAGCCGCGGCCUCAGCCUCCUCGGCUGCACCUCCGCCUCCGAAGCGCUUCAUUACAGCCGAGCCGUUCCCCCGCCUCCCCCCUACCCCAGCCUUUGUUCGGUUUGAAAGUAAUGCUGUGAAUUAAAAGAAAUGACAAUAUUUUCUAUCUGCUUGAAAGUCCAAGAGAAGAGCCCUUGAGCUUGGCAAAAAUCAGGCAAAUCAUUCAUCAUGCCACCCCGCACCUGUGGUCUUGGCAUUGAAAACCCUCCAGACCUAUUCCUAUUAAACUUAAUUAUUCCCCCAAAGCACACAA